GGGGGGGGGGGGGCAGAGGGACACGAGCAGAGGCGGCGGCGACAUCGGGGACCCCCCCGGGACCCCCCAAAAAAACACCUUGGACCCCCGGGACACCCCAAUACCGUGCCCCCCAGUAAGGGGUCCCAGUGCUCCCAGUAAGGGGUCCCAGUGCUCCCAGUCAUGGCCGAGGGCGACGGUGAGGAUGAUGUCCAGUUCCUGCGGACGGAGGACGAGGUGGUGCUGCAGUGUACGACGACGCUGCUGAAGGAGCAGCUCAAGCUCUGCCUUUCGGCUGAGGGUUUCGGCAACCGUUUGUGCAACCUCGAACCCACCUCCAACGCUCAGAAUGUGCCCCCCGACUUGGCCGGCUGCUGUUUCGUGCUGGAGCAGUCGCUGUCGGUGCGAGCGCUGCAGGAGAUGUUGGCGAACACCUCGGAAUUGGGGGGCGAGUCAUCGCAGGGCGGGGGGCACCGAACGCUGCUCUACGGCCACGCCAUCCUCCUGCGGCACUGCCACAGCGGAAUGUAUCUGAGCUGCCUCACCACCUCCCGUUCCGUCACCGACAAACUCGCCUUCGAUGUGGGGCUGCGGCGCGACAGCACCGGGGAGGCGUGUUGGUGGACGAUGCACCCCGCGUCCAAACAGCGCUCCGAGGGGGAGAAGGUCCGAGUGGGCGACGACCUCAUCCUCGUCAGCGUCUCCUCCGAACGCUACCUGCACCUCUCCACCGCCUCCGGAGAGCUCCAGGCCGACGCCUCUUUCAUGCAAACCCUUUGGAAUAUGAACCCCAUUUGCUCCGGCUCCGAAGAGGGUUACGUCACGGGCGGCCACGUCCUUCGCCUCUUCCACGGCCACAUGGACGAGUGUUUGACCACCUCUGCGCCCGAGCAGGGGGAGGAACGCAGCAGCGUCGUCAGCUACGAGGGAGGCGCCGUCUGCGCCCACGCCAGAUCCCUGUGGCGCCUCGAGACGCUGAGGAUCAGCUGGAGCGGGAGCCACCUGCGUUGGGGACAGCCGUUCCGCCUGCGCCACGUCACCACGGGACGGUACCUGGCGCUGACGGAGGACAAGGGCCUGGCCGUGGUGGAGGCGGCCAACGCCAACACCCGCGCCUCCGCCUUCUGCUUCCGCGCCUCCAAGGAGAAGCUGGAGGUGGUGGCCAAGCGGGACGUGGAGGGGAUGGGACCCCCCGAGAUCAAGUACGGGGAGUCGCUCUGCUUCGUGCAGCACGUGGCCAGCGGGCUCUGGCUCACCUACGCCGCCGCCGACACCAAGGCCAUGCGCCUCGGGAUGCUCAAGAGGAAGGCCAUGCUGCACCAGGAGGGCCACAUGGACGAUGCGCUGUCGCUCACGCGCUCGCAGCAUCAGGAGUCGCAGGCGGCGCGGAUCAUCUACAGCACGGCCGGGCUCUUCGGGGUCUUCAUCAGGAGCCUCGAUGGUUUGGGCCGCGGCGCUCGCGGGGCGCCGCCCCCCCCUCUGCCGCUCUCCGCCGUCGCCCUCAGCCUCCAGGACCUCAUCGAGUACUUCCAACCGCCCCCGGCGGAGCUGCAGCACGAGCGGAGGCAGAGCCGCCUCCGAGCCCUCCGCAGCAGACAGAACCUCUUCCAGCAGGAGGGUAUGGUGGCGCUGGUCCUGACCUGCAUCGACCGCCUCAACGUCUUCAGCACAGCCGCGCACUUCGCUGAGUUCGCGGGCGAGGAGGCGGCCGCCAGCUGGAAGAAGAUCCUCAACCUCCUCUACGAGCUCCUCGCGUCCCUGAUCCGUGGGAACCGCGCCAACUGCGCCCUCUUCUCCACCAACCUGGACUGGGUGGUCAGCAAACUGGACCGCCUGGAGGCCUCCUCGGGCAUCCUGGAGGUCCUCUACUGCGUCCUGAUCGAGAGCCCCGAGGUGCUCAACAUCAUCCAGGAGAACCACAUCAAGUCCAUCAUCUCCCUCCUGGACAAGCACGGCCGCAACCACAAGGUGUUGGAUGUCCUCUGCUCCCUCUGCGUCUGCAACGCGGUGGCCGUGCGCUCCAACCAGAACCUCAUCACCGAGAACCUUCUGCCCCGACGGGACCUCCUGCUCCAGACCCAGAUGGUCAACUAUGUCACCUGCAUUCGCCCCAACCUGUUUGUGGGGACGGGCGUGGGCUCCACGCAGUUCCCGCGGUGGUACUUCGAGGUGGCGGUGGAGCGGGCGGAGGGUCCCCACCUGCGGGUGGGGUGGGCGGCGGCCGCGGGGUUCAGCCCCUCCCCGGGCGGCGGCGAAGGUUGGGGCGCCAACGGCGUCGGGGACGACCUCUGCUCCUUCGCCUUCGACGGGAGGCACCUCUGGACCGGGGGUCUCCCCCGGCCGGUGGUGUCCCCGCAGCGCCGGGCGCUGGCGGGGGGGGACGUGGUGAGCUGCUGCCUGGACCUGGGGGUGCCGAGCGCCUCCUUCCGCAUCAACGGGGGCCCCGUCCAGGGCGUCCUCGAGGCCUUCAACCUCGACAGCCUCUUCUCGCCCGUCGCCAGCUUCUCCCACGGCGUCAGGCUGCGGUUCCUGCUGGGGGGUCGCCACGGGGAGUUCCGUUUCGUGCCCCCCCCCGGGUACUCCCCCUGCGCUCAGGCGCUGCUGCCCCGCGAGCGUCUGCGCCUCGAACCCAUCAAAGCGUAUCGGGGUGAGGGCCCCCCCGGAACCCGCAGCCUCGUGGGCCCCACAGUGCCUCUGCCCCACACCGCCUUCAUCCCCUGCCCCGUCGACACCGUCCAGAUCGUGCUGCCCCCCCACCUGGAGCGCAUCCGCGAGAAACUGGCGGAGAACAUCCACGAACUUUGGGCGCUGACACGGAUCGAGCAGGGGUGGAGCUACGGACCCAUCCGGGAUGACGUGCGACGCCUCCACCCGUGUCUGCUGAGCUUCCAAAGUCUCCCCGACCCCGAGCGCAGCUACAACCUCCAGAUGUCGGGGGAGACCCUCAAGACCCUCCUGGCUCUUGGUUGCCACGUGGGAAUGGCGGAUGAGAAAGCGGAGGAGAACCUCAAGAAGGUCAAACUGCCCAAAACGUACACUAUGUCCAACGGCUACAAACCGGCGCCGCUGGACCUGGCGCACGUCAAGCUGACGCCGGCGCAGUUGACGUUGGUCGAUCGUUUGGCCGAGAACAGCCACAACGUUUGGGCCCGAGACCGCGUCCAGCAGGGAUGGACCUACAGCACCGUCCAGGACAUCAAGAACAAGAGGAACCCUCGCCUGGUGCCGUACCACCUCCUGGACGAGAGGACCAAACAGACCAACCGCGACAGCCUCUGCCAGGCCGUGAGGACCCUGCUGGGCUACGGCUACAACAUCGAACCCCCCGACCAGGAGAGCCCGGCGCAGGGAGUGCCGCGCGGCGCCGGCGAUCGCUCGCGGCUCUUCCGUGCCGAGCGCGGCGCCGCCGUCCGCGCGGGGAAGUGGUACUUCGAGUUCGAGGUGCGGACGACGGGGGAGAUGCGCGUGGGGUGGGCGCGGCCCGACGUGCGCCCCGACACCGACCUCGGCGCCGACGACCGCGCCUACGCCUUCAACGGACACCGCGCGCAGCGGUGGCACGUGGGCAGCGAACCCUUUGGGCGGACGUGGCAGGCGGGGGACGUGGUGGGGUGCAUGAUCGACCUCAACGAGUGCCACAUCACCUUCACCCUCAACGGCGAAGUCCUCAUCAGCGACGCCGGCUCCGAAUUGGCCUUCAAGGACUUCGAAGUGGGCGAAGGGUUCGUCCCCGCCUGCAGCCUGGGGUUGGAGCAGGAGGGGCGCCUCAACUUGGGCCAAGACGUGGGGAGCCUGAGGUUCUUCAGCAUCUGCGGCCUCCAGGAGGGCUACGAACCCUUCGCCAUCAACACCAAACGCCCCAUCACCCUCUGGUUCAGCAAAAGUCUCCCCCAGUUCGUCCCAGUGCCCCCCGACCACCCCCAGCUGGAGGUGACGCGGAUGGACGGGACGGUGGACACCCCCCCUUGCCUUCGCCUCUCGUACCACGUUUCGGGGACCCCCCCGGCAGCUCCCCCCGAGCUCCUCUUCCUGCGCCUCAGUCUCCCCGUUCAGUUUCACCCCCAAUUCCGCUGCCCCCCCGGGGUCACCCCCUUACCCCAAACCCCCCCCGAACCCCCCGAUGAUGUCCCCGACGAACCCCACUCCGACUUCGAGCGCCUGCGGCGUUCGGCCGGCGCGCGGCACCCCGAAAACGAAGGGGAGAGCGGGGAGAAGGGACCGGGGGGGGCCCCCCAAAACCCACCCCCCCGAGAGCAGCUGCGCCCCGAAAACGAGAAGGACGCGACCACCGAGAAGGGGAAAGCGAGGAGGGGGUUCCUGUUCAAAGCGCGGAAGACCCCCUUCGCGCCCCCCCCCGCUGUCCCCACCGUCCCCCGUUUGGACGAGGACGUCGUCCCCGACGAGCGCGACGACCCCGACGUCAUCAUGAACACCACCACCUACUACUUCUCGGUGCGUGUUCCGGCGGGACAGGAGGCUCCGGGCGUUUGGGUCGGAUGGGUCACUCCGGAUUUCCACCACCUCGACGCCGCCUUCGAGCUCUCGCGCGUCCGAACCGUCACCGUCACCAUGGGCGACGACCGCGGCAACGUCCACGACAGCAUCAAGCGCAGCAACUGCUACAUGGUUUGGUGCGGAGAGUUCGCCAACUCGAGCCAACAGGCGCGCGUCAGCCACACCGACCUCGUCAUCGGCUGCUUGGUGGACCUGGCCACCGGCCUCAUGACCUUCACGGCCAACGGCAAGGAGAUCAACACCAUCUUCCAGGUGGAACCCAACACUAAGCUCUUCCCGGCCGUCUUCGCCCUUCCCACCAGCCAGAACGUCAUCCAGUUUGAGUUGGGCAAACUCAAGAACAUCAUGCCCAUCUCGGCCGCCAUGUUCAGCAGCGAGCGGAAGAACCCGGAGCCGCAGUGUCCGCCCCGCUUGGUCAUCCAGAUGUUGACGCCCGUCACCUGGAGCCGAAUGCCCAACGAGUUCCUGACGGUGGACACCUCCCGGCUGGGCGACGGGCAGGGCUGGGCCGUGGAGUGCAACGAGCCCCUCGUCAUGAUGGCCCUCCACAUCCCCGAGGAGAACAGAUGCAUCGACAUCAUGGAGCUGUCGGAGCGCUUGGACCUCCUCCGCUUCCAGUGCCACACUCUGAAGCUCUACUGCGCCGUCUGCGCGUUGGGCAACAACCGCGUGGCGCACGCGCUCUGCAGCCACGUCGACCAAACCCAACUGCUCUUCGCCAUCGAGAGCCCGGAGCUGCCGGGACCCCUCCGAGCGGGGUACUACGACCUCCUGCUGGCCAUGCACCUGGACGCCGCCCAGCGCGCCCGCGCCUCCAUGAGCGCCGAGUUCAUCGUCCCCAUGACCGAGGCCACCAAGGCCAUCACCCUCUUCCCCGCGGGCGGCCGCGCCCCGGGGCCCCCCGGCGUCGGCCCCAGCGCCUGUUUGCGCCCUCAGCCGCAUUUCGCCGACCCGUGCUUCAUCCUGGCGGGCGGCGGCGGGCGCGCGCCGCUGGGGCCCGGCAUCCCGCUGCGGGAGUUGGGCGCUCGGGCCAUCCGGAUGCUGUCGGAAGCGGUGGCCGGAGGGGGACCCCACGCUCGCGACCCGGUGGGGGGAAGCGUGGAGUACGAGUUGGUGCCGGUGUUGAAGUUGGUGUCGGCGCUCUUGGCCGUGGGGGCGUUGGGGGACGAGGAGGUGCGGAGCGUCCUCCGCAUGAUCGAACCCCGCGUCUUCGGCGACGCCCGGCGCGAGCGAGGGGACGGCGAGGACGAGGAGGUCAGGAGGACCCGGAGGACAAAGGCCAUCGAGGCCGGAGAGAUGGAGGAGGAGGAGGAGGAGGAGGAGGAGCCCGAGGAAGGGCUCCUGCAGAUGAAGCUGCCCGAGUCCGUCAAGCUGGAGAUGUGCCACCUGCUGCAGUUCUUCUGCGAGCGGGAGCUGCAGCACCGCGUCGAGGCCAUCGUGGCCUUCUCGGAGCGCCACGUGGAGCGUCUGCAGCGCGAUCAGCGCCGGCGCUACCGCCGCCUCAUGAGGGCUCUCACCAUGACGGCCGCCGAGACCGCGCGCAGGACCAGGGAGUUCCGCUCCCCACCCCAGGAGCAGAUCAAUAUGCUGCUGCAGCACAAGGCCGGGACGGAGGACGAGGAGUGCCCGGUGCCCGACGACAUCCGCGAGGAGCUGCUGGCCUUCCACGGCGACCUUCUGGCCCACUGCGGGGUGAUGCUGGAGGAGGAGGAGGAGGCCGUGGAGGAGGAGACGUCGCUGCAGCAGCGGCUCUUGGGGCUCGUGCAGAAGGUGGUGGGACUGCGACCACCUCCACCGCAGGAGGAACCUCCACCGCAGGAACCCCCGGUGCCCAGCACGCUGCAGGAGCUGAUCUCGCAGACGAUGGUGCACUGGGCGCAGGAGUCCUUCAUCCAGAGCCCCGAGCUGGUGCGCGCCAUGUUCAGCCUCCUGCACCGCCAGUACGACGGACUGGGGGAACUGGUGCGGGCGCUGCCCAAGGCCUACACCAUCAGCGCCCACUCGGUGCCCGACACCACCGCCCUCCUCGAGUGCCUCGGGCAGAUCCGCUCCCUCCUCAUCGUCCAGAUGGGCCCCGAGGAGGAGAACCUCAUGAUCCAGAGCAUCGGGAACAUCAUGAACAAUAAGGUCUUCUACCAACACCCCAACCUGAUGCGGGCGCUGGGGAUGCACGAGACGGUCAUGCAGGUCAUGGUCAGCGUCCUCGGGGGAGGCGAGAACAAGGAGAUCCGCUUCCCCAAGAUGGUCACCAACUGCUGCCGCUUCCUCUGCUACUUCUGCCGCAUCAGCCGCCAGAACCAGCGCUCCAUGUUCGACCACCUGGGGUACCUGCUGGAGAACAGCAGCAUCGGCCUCGGCAUGCGCGGUUCCACCCCUCUGGACGUGGCGGCCGCUUCCGUCAUCGACAACAAUGAGUUGGCGCUGGCGCUGAAGGAGCAGGACCUGGAGAAGGUGGUGACGUACCUGGCGAGCUGUGGGCUGCAGAGUUGUCCCAUGCUGCUGGCCAAGGGUUACCCCGACAUCGGGUGGAACCCCUGCGGCGGCGAACGCUACCUCGACUUCCUGCGCUUCGCCGUCUUCGUCAACGGGGAGAGCGUGGAGGAGAACGCCAACGUGGUGGUGCGUCUGCUGAUCCGUCGCCCCGAGUGCUUCGGGCCGGCGCUGCGCGGGGAGGGCGGCAGCGGUCUCCUCGCCGCCAUCCAGGACGCCAUCGGCAUCGCCCAGGACCCCGCGCGCGACGGACCCAGCGGGCGCAGGGACAGGCGCCGAGAGCCGUUUGGGGGUGAGGAACCCCCCGAGGAGAACCGCGUCCACUUGGGCAACGCCAUCAUGUCCUUCUACGCCGCCCUCAUCGACCUCCUGGGGCGCUGCGCCCCCGAGAUGCACUUGAUCCAAGCGGGGAAGGGGGAGGCGCUGCGGAUCCGCGCGAUCCUGCGCUCGUUGGUGCCGUUGGAGGACCUCGUGGGGAUCAUCAGCCUUCCCCUGCAGCUGCCCGCCUUCGGGAAAGACGGAGCGGUGCUGGAGCCGCGCAUGGCCGCCAGUUUUGUGCCGGAGCACAAAGCGCCGAUGGUGCUCUUCCUCGACCGCGUCUACGGCGUUGAGACCCAGGACUUCCUGCUCCACGUCCUCGAGGUCGGGUUCCUCCCGGACAUGCGCGCCGCCGCCUCCCUCGACACCGUGGCCUUCAGCACGACGGAGAUGGCGCUGGCGCUGAACCGCUACCUGUGCCAGGCGGUGCUGCCGCUCAUCACCAAGUGUGCGCCGCUCUUCGCCGGCACCGAGCACCGCGCCAUCAUGGUGGACUCCAUGCUCCACACCAUCUACCGACUGUCGCGCGGCCGCUCGCUCACCAAAGCCCAACGCGACGUCAUCGAGGAGUGUCUGAUGGCCCUGUGCCGGUACAUUCGCCCCUCAAUGCUGCAGCACCUCCUGCGCCGUUUGGUCUUCGAUGUCCCCAUCCUCAACGAGUUCGCCAAAAUGCCCCUCAAGCUCCUGACGAACCACUACGAGCGGUGCUGGAAGUACUACUGCCUCCCGAGCGGGUGGGCCAACCAGGGCGUCAGCUCCGAGGAGGAGCUCCACCUCACCAGGAAGCUCUUCUGGGGCAUCUUCGAGUCCUUGGCCCACAAGCGCUUCGACGCCGAGCUCUACAAGUUGGCCACCCCGUGCCUCUGCGCCAUCGCCGGCGCCAUCCCCCCCGACUACGUGGACGCCAGCUACUCCUCCAAGACCGAGAAGAAGGCUUCCGUCGACGCCGAGGGCAACUUCGACCCCAAACCCGUGGAGACCCUCAACGUCAUCAUCCCCGAGAAGUUGGACGCCUUCAUCAACAAAUACGCCGAGUACACGCACGAGAAGUGGGCCUUCGACAAGAUCCAGAACAAUUGGUCCUAUGGGGAGACGGUGGAUGAAGAAGCCAAAACCCACCCCAUGCUGCGACCCUACAAGACCUUCUCUGAGAAGGACAAGGAGAUCUACCGGUGGCCCAUCAAGGAGUCCCUGAAGGCCAUGUUGGCCUGGGAGUGGAUGGUGGAGAAGGCCCGUGAGGGUGAGGAGGAGAAGACGGAGAAGAAGAAGACCCGCAAGAUCUCCCAGUCUGCCCAGGCCACCUACGACCCCAGCCAUGGCUACAGCCCUCAGCCCGUGGACCUCUCGGGGGUGACGCUGUCCCGGGAGCUGCAGGCCAUGGCCGAGCAGUUGGCCGAGAACUACCACAACACGUGGGGCCGCAAGAAGAAGCUGGAGCUGGAGGCCAAGGGGGGGGGGUCGCACCCUCUGCUCGUGCCCUACGACACGCUGACGGCCAAGGAGAAGGCGCGGGACCGCGAGAAGGCCCAGGAGCUCCUCAAGUUCCUCCAACUCAACGGCUACGCCGUCACCCGGGGGCUGAAGGACAUGGAAUUGGACACCUCAUCCAUCGAGAAGCGUUUCGCCUAUGGGUUCCUGCAGCAGCUCCUCAAGUGGAUGGACAUCUCGCAGGAGUUCAUCGCCCACCUGGAGGCCGUGGUGAGCAGCGGACGGGUGGAGAAAUCUCCCCAUGAGCAGGAGAUCAAGUUCUUCGCCAAGAUCCUGCUGCCCCUCAUCAACCAGUACUUCCACAACCACUGCCUCUACUUCCUCUCCACUCCGGCCAAAGUGCUCGGCAGCGGCGGACACGCCUCCAACAAGGAGAAGGAGAUGAUCACCAGCCUCUUCUGCAAAUUGGCCGCUCUCGUCCGCCACCGCGUCUCUCUCUUCGGGACGGACGCUCCGGCCGUGGUGAACUGUCUGCACAUCCUCGCCCGCUCGCUCGACGCCAGGACGGUGAUGAAGUCGGGCCCGGAGAUCGUGAAGGCCGGGCUGCGCUCGUUCUUCGAGAGCGCCUCCGAGGACAUCGAGAAGAUGGUGGAGAACCUCAAGCUGGGGAAGGUGACGCAGAGCCGGACGCAGGUCAAGGGGGUGGCCCAGAACAUCAACUACACCACAGUGGCUCUGCUGCCCGUCCUCACCUCCCUCUUCGAGCACGUGGCCCAACACCAGUUCGGGGACGACGUCAUCCUGGAUGACGUGCAGGUCUCCUGUUACCGGAUCCUCUGCAGCAUCUUCUCCCUGGGCACCACCCGCAACGCCUACGUGGAGAGGCAGCGUCCGGCGCUGGGCGAGUGUCUGGCGCGGUUGGCGGCGGCGAUGCCGGUGGCGUUCCUGGAGCCGCAGCUGGACGGGUGCAACCCCUGCUCCGUCUACAGCACCAAGAGCGCCCGCGAGCGCGCCGUGCUGGGACUGCCCAACCGCGUGGAGGAGAUGUGUCCGGACGUUCCUCCUCUGGAGCAGCUGAUGGGGACCAUCGGCGCCCUGGCCGAGUCGGGCGCUCGUUACACGGAGAUGCCCCACGUCAUCGAGGUGACGCUGCCCAUGCUCUGCAAUUACCUCCCGCGCUGGUGGGAACGAGGACCCGACGCGGUGGCCCACGGCCCGUGGCCCACGGCCGUCACCAGCCACCACCUCAACGCCCUCCUGGGCAACAUCCUGCGCAUCGUGGUCAACAACCUGGGCAUCGACGAGGCCUCCUGGAUGAAGCGUCUGGCCGUGUUCGCUCAGCCCAUCGUGAGCAAAGCGAAGCCGGAGCUGCUGCGCUCCCACUUCAUCCCCACCAUGGAGAAGCUGAAGAAGCGCGCGGGCAAAGUGGUGGCCGAGGAGGAGCAGCUGCGGAUGGAGGCCAAGGCCGAGGGCGAGGACGCCGAGCUCCUCAUCCGCGAUGAGUUCUCCGUCCUCUGCCGCGACCUCUACGCCCUCUACCCCCUCCUCAUCCGCUACGUGGACAACAGCCGGGCCAAGUGGCUGACGGAGCCCAACGCGGAUGCUGAGGAGCUCUUCCGCAUGGUGGGCGAGGUCUUCAUCUACUGGUCCAAGUCCCACAACUUCAAGCGUGAGGAGCAGAACUUCGUGGUGCAGAACGAGAUCAACAACAUGUCCUUCCUGACGGCCGACAGCAAGAGCAAGAUGGCCAAGGGCGGUGGCUCAGAGCAGGAGAGGACGAAGAAGAAGCGUCGCGGGGACCGAUACUCCGUCCACACCUCCCUGAUCGUGGCCACCCUCAAGAAGAUGCUGCCCAUCGGCCUCAACAUGUGCUCUCCCACCGACCAGGAGCUCAUCGCCUUGGCCAAGGGCCGCUACGCCCUGAAGGACACAGAUGAGGAGGUGCGGGAGUUCCUCAACAACAACCUGCACCUGCAGGGCAAGUGUGAGGCCACCUCGUCGCUGCGGUGGCAGAUGGCGCUGUACCGCGAGUUGGCCGGAAGGGCCGAGGACUCCGACAGCCCCGAGAAGAUCGUCCGUAGGGUCCAGGAGGUCUCGGCUGUGCUCUACCACCUCGAGCAGACCGAGCACCCCUACAAGUCCAAGAAGGCGGUGUGGCAUAAGCUCCUGUCCAAGCAGCGGCGCCGCGCCGUCGUCGCCUGCUUCCGCAUGACCCCCCUCUACAACCUGCCCAGGCACCGGGCCUGUAACAUGUUCCUGGAGGCGUACAAACUGUCGUGGCUGCAGCGCGAGGAACAUCCCUUCGAGGACCGCAUGAUCGACGACCUCUCGAAAGCGGGUGAGGAAGAGGAGGAGGAGGACGAGGAGCGGGAGAAGAAGCCCGACCCGCUGCACCAGCUCAUCCUGCACUUCAGCCGCACCGCGCUCACCGAGAGGAGCAAACUGGAGCAGGAUCAUCUCUACAUGGCGUACGCCGGCAUUAUGGCCAAGAGCUGCCACACCGAAGAAGGCGAAGAAGAAGAGAAGAAGGAAGAGGAGGAGGAGGAGGAAGAAGCCGAAGACUCCUUCGAGGAGAAGGAGAUGGAGAAGCAGAAGCUGCUCUACCAGCAGUCGCGGCUGCACACGCGCGGCGCCGCCGAGAUGGUCCUGCAGAUGCUGAGCGCCUGCAAAGGCGAGCGCGGGGCCAUGGUCUCCUCCACCCUCAAGCUCGGAAUCUCCAUCCUCAACGGCGGCAACGCCGACGUCCAGCAGAAAAUGUUGGAUUAUCUGAAGGAGAAGCGUGAGGUCGGAUUCUUCCAGAGCGUUCAGGCCCUCAUGCAGACCUGCAGCGUUCUGGACCUCAACGCCUUCGAGCGGCAGAACAAGGCCGAGGGUCUGGGGAUGGUGACCGAGGAGGGGACGAUCAUCAGCCGCGAGAACGGGGAGAAGGUUAUGGCCGAUGAUGAAUUCACGCAGGAUCUGUUCCGCCUCCUCCAACUGCUCUGCGAAGGGCACAACAACGAUUUCCAGAAUUAUCUUCGGACACAGACGGGGAACACCACCACCAUCAACAUCAUCAUCUGCACCGUCGACUAUCUCCUGCGCCUCCAGGAGUCCAUCAGCGACUUCUACUGGUACUACUCCGGGAAGGACGUCAUCGACGAACAAGGCAAACGCAACUUCUCCAAGGCCAUGGCCGUGGCCAAGCAGGUCUUCAACAGCCUCACCGAGUACAUCCAGGGUCCCUGCACGGGGAACCAGCAGAGCUUGGCCCACAGUCGCCUCUGGGACGCCGUCGUUGGCUUCCUCCACGUCUUCGCCCACAUGAUGAAGAAGUUGGCCCAGGACUCCAGCCAGAUCGGGUUGCUGAAGGAGCUGCUGGACCUCCAGAAGGACAUGGUGGUGAUGCUGCUGUCCCUGCUGGAAGGGAACGUGGUCAACGGCACCAUCGCCCGGCAGAUGGUGGACAUGCUGGUGGAGUCCUCCAGCAACGUCACCAUGAUCCUCAAGUUCUUCGACAUGUUCCUCAAGCUUCGGGACAUCGUUUCUUCCGACGCUUUCCGGAACUACGUCUCGGAUCCUCGCGGUCUCAUCUCCAAGAAGGACUUCCAGAAGGCCAUGGACAGCCAGAAGCAGUACGAACCCUCCGAGAUACAGUUCCUGCUCUCCUGCUCGGAGGCGGACGAGAACGAGAUGAUCGACGUGGAAGCCUUCGCCGGGCGCUUCGAGGAACCCGCGCGGGACAUCGGCUUCAACGUGGCCGUCCUCCUCACCAACCUCUCGGAGCACGUCCCUCACGACCAGCGGCUGAGGACCUUCCUGGAGCAGGCCGCCAGCAUCCUGGAGUACUUCCGCCCGUUCCUGGGCCGCAUCGAGAUCAUGGGGGCCGCCAGGAGGAUCGAGCGCCUCUACUUCGAGAUCAACGCCGCCAACAAAGCGCAGUGGGAAAUGCCGCAGGUGAAGGAGUCCAAGCGCCAAUUCAUCUUCGACGUCGUCAACGAGGGCGGAGAGGCCGAGAAGAUGGAGCUCUUCGUCAACUUCUGCGAGGACACCAUCUUCGAGAUGCAAAUCGCCUCCCGCCUCUCCGAGGAGGAGACGCAGCCCCCGGAGGAGGACGGCGAAGACCAAGACGACGACGAAGAGGCGGCGGAGGCGGCGGCGCCGGGCGCCGAUGCCGCCCUCGGGGACCUCUUGGCCGCUUGGGUCGGGCUGAGGUGGUUGCUCGGAUCCCCGCAGUCCUGGAAGCGGCGGCUGAGGCGGUGGCGGCGGCGCCCGGGGCGGGAGUUGGCAGUGGCGGCGGCCGCGGGGAGCGGGCGGGCGCUCCUGGCGCUGCUGUGGGGCGCCUGGGGGGCGGCGGCGGCCGUGGGGCGCGUGGCGUGGGCCUCGCUCUUCGGCGGCACUUUGGUGGAAGGCGCCCAACGCCUGGCGUUGGCCGAGCUCUUGGCCGAUAUGCCCGACCCCACGCAGGACGCCGUGGGGGGCGCCGAGGCCUCGGGGGGCGGCGGCGGCGAGGAGGAGGAGGAGGGGCUGAGCCCCACGGCCACGGCGGCGCUGCCCCACGGCGAGAAGGGGAAGGACGAGGAGGAAGAGGAAGAGGAAGAGGAAGUUGGGGGGAAGGAAGACGGCGACGCCGUGGGGCGCAAAGAGCUGCUGAGGCCGCCAGGAUUGGAGGCGCUUGGGGGGCUCGGGGACAUCGGGGAGCCCCACAGCGAACCCCACACGCCCGAGGGCAGCCCCACGGCGCACAGGAAGGGAGCGGAGGAUGUAGAGAAGGAGGAGGAGGAGGAAGAGAAAGAGGAGAAGAAGGAGGAAGAGGAGGAGGUGGAGAAGGCGGAUGCUGAGAAUGGGGAGAAGGAGGGGGGUCCCAGGCCCUCUGCCCCACAGCGACCCACGGCGCCGCGCAGGGACCCCACGGCCGAGGCUGGCCUGGAGGUGUGGGGCGAGCUCGAGGUGCAGAGGGUGAAGUUCCUGAAUUUCCUGUCCCGCAACUUCUACAACCUGCGGUUCCUGGCGCUCUUCUUGGCCUUCGCCAUCAACUUCAUCCUCCUCUUCUACAAGGUGUCGGAUCGCCCCCCCGGGGAGGAGCCGGUGGCCGAGGGUUCGGGGCUGGUGGCCGAGGGUUCGGGGCAGGAGGAGCCGGAGGAGCCGGAGGUCUUCUACUGCCUGGAGGAGAGCUCGGGGUACAUGGAGCCGGCGCUGCGCGGCCUCGCGCUCGCGCACACCCUCGUGGCCUUCCUCUGCAUCAUCGGCUACAACUGCCUCAAGAUCCCGCUGGUGAUCUUCAAGCGGGAGAAGGAGGUCGCGCGGCGCCUCGAGUUCUCGGGGCUUUACAUCACCGAACAACCGCCCGACGACGACGUCAAGGGGCAGUGGGACCGCCUGGUGCUCAACGCCCAGUCCUUUCCCAGUAACUACUGGGACAAGUUCGUCAAGAGGAAGGUGUUGGAGAAAUACGGGGACAUCUACGGGCGGGAGCGCAUCGCGGAGCUCCUGGGCAUGGACCUCGCCAGCCUGGAGAUCGGGGCGCAGGGGGAGAAGAAAGGACCCCCCGACACCUCCGUCCUCUCCUGGAUCACAUCCAUCGACAUUCGGUACCAGAUCUGGAAGUUUGGGGUCAUCUUCACAGAUAACUCCUUCCUCUACCUGACGUGGUAUAUGGCGAUGUCCCUCCUGGGCCACUACAACAACUUCUUCUUCGCGUCCCACCUCUUGGACAUCGCUAUGGGCGUCAAAACGCUGAGGACCAUCCUCUCCUCCGUCACCCACAACGGCAAACAGCUGGCCAUGACGGUGGGGCUCCUGGCCGUGGUGGUCUACCUCUACACCGUGGUGGCCUUCAACUUCUUCCGGAAGUUCUACAACAAGAGCGAAGACGAGGACGAGCCCGACAUGAAGUGCGACGACAUGAUGACCUGUUACCUCUUCCACAUGUACGUGGGGGUCCGAGCCGGGGGGGGCAUCGGCGAUGAGAUCGAGGACCCGGCGGGCGACGAUUAUGAGCUUUACCGCGUGGUCUUCGACAUCACCUUCUUCUUCUUCGUCAUCGUUAUCCUCUUGGCCAUCAUCCAAGGUCUCAUCAUCGACGCCUUCGGGGAGUUGAGGGACCAACAGGAACAGGUCAAGGAGGACAUGGAGACGAAGUGUUUUAUCUGCGGGAUCGGAUCGGAUUAUUUCGAUACGACGCCGCACGGGUUCGAGACGCACACGCUGGAGGAGCACAACCUCGCCAACUACAUGUUUUUCCUGAUGUAUUUGAUCAACAAAGACGAAACGGAGCACACGGGGCAGGAAUCCUAUGUCUGGAAGAUGUACCAGGAGCGCUGCUGGGAUUUCUUCCCGGCCGGAGAUUGCUUCCGCAAACAAUACGAGGAUCAGUUGGGGUGACCCCCCCCCCAAAUGCCCCCUCCUAAACACCCCCCAA